AUGACUCAUCGUAAAUACGAUUUCAAUUAUUUCCUUGCAAUAUUUAGCGAAGUUUUAUUAAUUCUAAUGACGCUAUCGAAAAUGACUACGUGCUGGAUAAAUAGACAAGCAUUAGGACCAGUUACUUCAAUGGCUUGCGGCACUGUUUUUUAUUACUUGAACGAAUUGAGAUUAAGCGUGAAAAUGGUGAUACCAAAUUCAUCAUUAACUUACAAACCACCGUACAAAACAGAAACCAUUGUCGAUAUAUAUGACAUUAAAAUCUAUGCUUGUUUCUGCAUUUAUCAAUUGUUCUUAUUACCGGCUAUUAUAUUAGGUUACGUUGGAUUUGAUUGUUUGUUCGCAAAUCUCGCAUUUCAUGUUACCGCACAAUUUGGAAUUCUUUGUUCCAUGCUAAAAGAAAUUCUCGACGACUCUGAUGAUUUUCAACGUAAUAUGAAGGAACUUGUACUUCGACAUUACAAAUUGAUAAGACAAGCAAAAACUUUGGAAGACAAUUUUAAUACAAUAAUAUUGCAACAAUUAAUGGGUACAGCAUUUCAACUUUGUGCAUCUGGUUACCAUACACUUCUGGGCUCAGUAAGCAGUGAAAUAUUUACGGUGAUUGUAUUCAAUUUUUAUGCUACUAAUACAUUGAGUACAUUGUUUAUUUAUUGUUACAUCGGCGAGUGUCUAAUUCAGGAAAAACUUGAAGUAUUACGUAGAGUAUGGAUGCACUUAGUUAUCGUAGGACAAACUUCACCAUAA